AUGCUCAUAACUGGAAUGACGUUGGCGUAUUGCAUGGCCGUCCGCACGAGCAAUAUCUUCAGCUUGCUUGGUUCUAGCUUUGGGGAUCCUGGUCAUGGCAAGAAAUACAAGUCCGAGUCCCUUUCUGUGGAGGAUAGCAGAGCUUCUUCAGAUAGCAUUCCACAAUUGUCUACCACGGUUACUGAUGGCCAGGCACACCUAAGACAUCGGCAGCUGGAUUCUGAUCCUUAUGCUGAGACCGCUACUGAGACCGUUGACCAGUCUACUGCCAAGUGA